AUGGCCUCGCCAAGAUCACGGGCCCUCGCAGGCGCGCUGGCCACCUCCGGCCUCGUCGCCUCCGCCCUGGCCCAGUCAUCAUCCUCCCUCAGCUUCAAGGUCUCUGAAUCUGCCCCCUCAGAUAUCUCUCAGACCGUCGACCUCUCAUUUGGCGGCUUCGGCAUUGAGCCCUCAAACCUCUUCGCCUACACCGGCCAGGACGAGCCAAACCUUCUAUCCAUAACUCUGCUCGAGAACCUGGGCAACUACACCGGCAAGCCACCACACAUCCGCCUUGGUGGCAAUACUCAGGACUACAUGAUCUACGAUGAGUCCCAGAACAAAUGGGCCCAGAUCACAAACCCGGACUCGACCGGCGACGGCAACAUCGCGUGGGACAACAUGCUCAUCGGCCCUCGCUACUUCGAGGCUGCAAACAGGUUCCCCACCGGCACCCCCUUCACCUGGGGCCUGAACUUGGCUUACAAUGACAACGACUACAUCGACAAGAUCGUUGACAUGGCCAACCAGAUCAUCGACAGAUGCGACAACCUGGACAUUGUCUCCUUUGAGAUCGGCAACGAGCCCGACCUGUACAGCUCCAACGGCUUCCGGAACGGCACCUGGGUGUCUUCCGUGUACUCUGAGGAAUGGCACGAGCGUGCCGCUGCCGUCUAUGAGCGUGUCCUUGAGCCCGCUGGCCUGCCCACCACUUUCUUCGAGGCCGGCGGCACCUCGCAUACCAGCGGUACCACCUUCGAGAUCGAGGAGAUGGAUAAGUCCGGUGUCGACUCCAAGUUCAAUGGUGUCGAGUAUCUGUCCAGCUGGAACCAGCACUGCUACUCCUACUUCGUCGACGUGACCGAGGGCCAGGCCCUGACCAUGGACCUCAUCAUGAGCUUCGACUACGUCGAGAGCCAGUUUGCCGACUGGAUUACACAGAUCGAGCAGUCCCAAAAGACUGGCUUCCCCUACGCACUGCGCGAGAUGGGCAUGGUGGGGCCCCUCGGCGUCGCCAACAUCAGCGACACCUUCAGCGGCGCGCUGUACACGCUCAACUUUCUCCUGUGGGCCGCGUCGCUCAACAUGACCAGCGUGCAGUUCCACAUGACCGCCAACAGCUUCACGAGCGCCUGGCAGCCUGGCACCAACUCUAUCGGUGGCCCUCACGUCCGCCCCAUCUACUACGGCCACGCCGCCUUCAACGAGAUCAUUGGCCCGACCUGCGCCGCCCAGAUCUACCAGGACACCCUGUCCAACGUGCCCUCUGGCUACAGCGAGUUCGUCAGGGCCUACUCUAUCUACCAGAGCGGCUCGCUGCAGUCCAUCACCGUGAUCAACGGCAAGGUGGCAAACACGACCGAGGCCGACAAAGCCAACGUGACCGUGUCAGUGUCGCUGCCGACGUCACUGGCCGGCAAGACGGUGCACCUGGCGCGCCUGACGAACGAGGGGUCGGACGCCAAGUUCAACACGACCUGGAACGGUGUCAGUUUCGAGCAGGACAGCGUGGGCACGCAGACGCAGGUCGACGACACGGAGGAGACGGCGACUGUUGGCGACGACGGCACGCUGUCCUUCAGUGUGCGAGACUCGCAGGCUGUCGUAGCCAACCUCGAGUCGCGCCUCGGCGACGGCCUCAAGCCCGACGAGACUGCCUGCGCCGCCCAAGCAUCCCGCAGCCCUGGCACCCACAGGAGCACCGCGGGGUCGGCUUCCAAGUCGUCCUCCUCUUCAUCGGCUACGAGAUCACCGGCGCUGGCGACAUUGUCGACCGGCGUCCUUGUGACAUGUCUUGUACCCUUUGUUUCUCUAAUCACGGGCUUCUUCCUUUUCUAA